GAGUGACAUAUAGUCACCUCGGUCGCACCACCAUCACCGGAUUUGGUCGUCUGCUUGUAGGUUCAUUGUGUAACGACCGAAUCCAUGGUGUAUAUAUUCAUUCUACAAUACACAUAACCAGUCAGUAAAAGAAGCACUUCGUGUGUGUAUCGCGAACAGCUUACCAUUCUAUUUCUCUCUACCGCACAAUCUUUUCAUUCUCAUGUAUAGCCCGAGAAAAAUGAACGCAUACAAUACGUGAGACUUAAAUGGCGUUUCACACACAGCAUAGCACACAACGAGAGCUGAAUCGUCGUCGUCGUCGUCGUGAAGCAAACAGAGCAAAGGAAAGUGAAGUGUUACAAGCGUAUAGAAAAAAAUCGUAAUAAAAUUAUUUAGAAAAAAGUUUACCAUUUCGUUCGUUUGAUGAAAACUCAAUUUGACUGCAUUGAAGUGAAAAUUAUUGAAAUUAUUUGGGUGAAGUUGUGUUUUUUUUUGUGUGUGGAAUAGUGAAUUAUUAUAACAAUGGAUAAUCGUGCAAUCGAAAAUAAUAUUGUGGCAGAAAUAUAUUUUUUAAUCUCAAAAUUUCUGGCAAAUGGACCCUUCAAACAUGUUGGCGAGGUUCUCAUUCGUGAAAUUGAAGAACAACAGAUACUGCCAUCGCGACUAGACUGGCAGGGAAAAUCACAUGAACAGACAUACAAUGAACUGGAGCGGCAAUAUGCUCACAUCGGUCCAAAUCAUUUGGUGGAAAUAUGUGCCAGAGUCACGACACUGUUGGACAGACAAAUGACGCCAAGCGUGGCUGGCAUUCAAUCAUUGUUGGGUGCCGGUCGUCAAAGCGCGUUGCGAUCAGAAACAAACAGUUCGAAACCGAAAUCAUUAGUCGAUUACUGCACACGAAUACAUUCGAUGCCGCUGCUCGAUUCAAAUCGAAAAUUUACACAUAAUCUAGUUAAAGUUUUAUAUGGACGUGAAUCGUCCGGUUCGUGUACUCGAAAACUAGCGAUAACAAAUCAGUUUUACAGUAAGGCACAGUUGCAACGCCGAACGCUGGGCCAUUUGUCAGCGGUGUACUGUGUCUUAUUUGAUCGAUCCGGCAAAUACAUAAUCACCGGUGCCGAUGAUUUGCUCGUCAAACUGUGGAGUGCAAUCGAUGGUCGAUUGCUGUGCACAUUUCGCGGUGCAUCGGCCGAAAUCACUGACAUUGCAGUGAACUUAGAAAAUACCUUACUGGCAGCUGGUUCAUUGGAUCACAUUGUACGCGUGUGGGAUUUGCAAACGGCCAGUCCAGUUGCAGUUCUUUGCGGUCACACUGGCCGAAUUACAUCCGUGAACUUCUGCCCGUCACCGAGAGAGCAUCUCAAAUACCUCGUGACAACAAGCACCGACGGUUCGGUUGCAUUCUACCAAUAUGCAACGUCACGAGAUGGAAAAACAAAUUUUGCACCAAAGCCCACACAAUAUCACGAAAAAAUGCGUCCAGGCCAAGCGCAAAUGAUGAAUGCAGCAUUUUCGCCAGGUGGUCACUUUUUGGCGGCCGGUUCAGCUGAUCACAAUGUGCGAGUGUAUCACAUGGCCGAAGACGGGCCAAAACGUAUCCUAGAAACCGAAGCACACAGUGACACCGUUGAUUCAAUUCAGUGGGCACACAACAGUUUACGUUAUGUGUCUGGUAGCAAAGAUGGUACAGCGCUUGUAUGGCAUUUCGAAAGACAACAAUGGAAAUCAAUGCGACUGGAGAUGACAGAGCGGCUACCAACAUGCCCAACUCCGACAGAAAAGGACAAGAAAUCAAGCGUUACAAUGGUCGGCUGGGAUUUAACUGACGAAUUCGUUUUUACUGCGGUCAAUGAUUUCACGAUAAAAGUAUGGAAUGCAGCCACAGGCAAAUUGCAUCGAGUAAUGCGCGGCCACACCGACGAAUUGUACGUGCUGGAAUCGCAUCCAAAAGAUGCGCACAUUUUAAUGUCAGCCGGUCACGAUGGAAAGAUGAUCAUUUGGGAUGUGAAGGAAGGCGUUUCAUUGGUCAGUUUUACAAAUUUGAUUGAUGGACAGGGUCAUGGUGGCUUGUAUGACGCAAAAUGGUCACCAGAUGGUACAAUGAUUGCGGCAACCGACUCCCAUGGCCAUAUGUUGAUGUAUGGAUUUGGUGAUGGGCAUAAAAGACUGAAAGAGUUACCGCCCGAAUUGUUUUUCCACACCGAUUAUCGGCCGCUCAUCCGUGACACGAAUCAUUUUGUGUUGGAUGAACAAACACAGACUGCACCACAUUUGAUGCCACCACCAUUUCUUGUUGAUGUCGAUGGAAAUCCAUACCCACCACCGUUACAGAAAUUAGUUCCAGGCCGUGAAAGUUGCUCAGCCGAUCAACUUGUACCGAACAUUUCGGUGGGACCGGAAGGAAUCGAAGUGGUCGAAGGGAACGCUGUUUCGCACAUCGACCGUUUAAUUGCAGCUUUGGCAAAUCGUCAUGGCGCCGGAGGAAUGGCUGACGUUGGAACGGAAAGAAACGGCAAUGUUGACAACCAAAAUAUUGACAAUGCAAACCUUCACGGCGGAAAUGUUGGCGGCGCAUAUCAACUGGGCGUUGCUCCGGCUGCGGCAGCUGCAGCCGCUGCACAGAAUCGACUCAUCAAUGGCAAUGAACCGAACGCAGCAAAUGCAGAGCAAAAUGCUGAGCAAAAUGGUGAUCGCUUGAAUCAAAACCGAAUCGCAGCUCGACGAAUAGCUGAAGAGGAAGGUAUCAGACGAAGUGUAGGCAAUUGGCAAAGUGGAAUAAAAGCAAUCCAAUGGUUUCGUCGCUAUGUACGACCGAUGCCACACUCACGACUACAAAUGCUACGAAAUACGGUUUAUGUGGCUGGUCAACAAGAGUUGGAACAUUACAAACGUGAACUGCGUCGGAAACCGAUCAUGAUAAACACAGCCACUCCGAGCUCAUCGUCUUCUUUACGGGGACCACAUGUUCGUGGCAGAAGAGCUAUUGGUCGAACGCGUAGUGCGAAUACGCUACAGAGCAACGCAAAUCAAUCGGCCAGCCGUGCAACGUAUCGCACACGUGCCGUUCAUGAGCGUGAACAACAGGAUAUUGAUGAUGACGAGGAAGAUGAUCACAGUGCCACGAGUGUUUCAAGCGAUUCGAGCGAUGGCACAUUGGCCGAAGAUCAACUCUCCUCCAGUUCAGACACUGACGAUACACAAAGUUCCGACUAUUCUGAUUGGGUAAAUCCGGAUGCUGAGCAAGCGACACUUGUGCCCCCAAAACGAUCACGGCGCAAACGCGCCAAACCACGCUCAUAUUCGCCAAGCGAAGGUCCAAGUAGUCAAGUUAUUCGUGGUAUAGGACGCCGAAAUCUACCGAUUGGCGAUAACAAUGAAAUUCCAGAAAACUUUCGACCACCCGAAUGGCUGUCAGAAGUUAUUCCACGCAAAGCACCGUACUAUCCACAAAUGGGCGAUGAAGUUGUCUACUUCCGUCAAGGCCAUAAAUUGUAUCUCGAAGCAGUGAACCAGAAAAAUGUGUACAAAGUAGUGGGAACUGAGCCAUGGGUGCGAUUGGAUUUGCGAGACUAUGAAUUUGUCAAAGUGAUUGGUAUCAAAUACGAAAUCAAACCGCCACGAUUAUGCUGCCUAAAAUUAGCACUGAUGAACAACGAUGGAACGCUGAAGAAUCAAACAUUUACCAUAAAAUAUCACGAUAUGCCUGAUGUGCUGGAUUUCCUUGUAUUGAAGCAGACAUAUGAUACGGCCGUGCGCCGACUGUGGACAACCGGUGAUCGUUUCCGAUGCAUGAUCGAUGAUGGUUGGUGGAUUGGCCAAAUUACCGGCCGCGUUCCAUAUUCGGACGAGUUUCCCGAUUCGUUGUUCAUGUGUUUCCAAAUUCGCUGGGACAGCGGUGAAACAGAGCGUAUGAGUCCAUGGGACAUGGAACCGAUUGACAAUAGCCGAAUGCCAAAUGAAGUUGGCGGCGUUGUUCAUGUACAAGGCGAAGAAUUACAGAUGAUGCUCUAUCAGCCAACCAGUGAAGAAUGGCCACGCGGUGAUCGUGAUGGUACAUGCCGUCGAAUUGUUGCCGGUUUAGAGGAAGUUAUGGGUCUUGCGAUAGCCGAUCCAUUUUUGGUGCCUGUUGAUCUUAACAUUUAUCCAUCGUAUGCAUUUGUUGUGGAGUAUCCAAUUGACUUGACCACAAUCAAAGCACGUUUCGAAAAUCAUUUCUAUCGGCGCAUCGCAUCCGCACAAUUCGAUGUACGAUAUUUAGCGACGAAUGCUGAAAAAUUCAAUCAAAGCGACAGUCACAUCGUGAAAAAUGCUCGAAUCAUCACCGAUCUAUGUCUGCGAAUCAUACAGGAUAGCGAUAUUGAUGUAAACGCAGUCUACCACCAACUCGUUGCUACAUACACAUCAGACUCAGACGACCAAAACCCAGGAACGAGCACGGGCCACAUCACUCCUUCUGGAAGAAGACGAUCUCGCAGAAAUGCAGCACUGAACAGCUCUGGAAGCAGUGGUAGUGGAGACUGGCGAGAUAAAUGCCGACAAGUUUUGGAAAUCAUUUGGAAUCAUGAAGACUCUGAACCGUUUAGAGAACCAGUCGAUACAAUUGAUCAUCCAGAUUAUUUGCAAGUCAUCGACACUCCAAUGGAUUUACGAACGGUCAAAGAGGAUCUAUUGGGCAGCAACUACCAAUCGAAAAUGGAAUUUUUGAAAGAUGUCCGUAUGAUUUUUACCAAUUCUCGACACUAUAACACCAAUCCACGAUCAAGAAUCUACACGAUGACAUUGCGGCUGAGUAAUUUGUUUGAAGAGCAAAUGAAAAAGAUAUUCAAACGGUCAUCAUCACGAUUGAAUCGAUCGAAUCGAUCGAAUCGAGGUCGAAAUGAACGGCGCCGAAAUGGUGCGUCCACAUCACAUGCGCACACAAAUGAUGGCCCGAGCACGUCACGCACGUACACACGAGUACGACGCCAUAGUAGCGAUGAGGAGCAAGAAGUGGAUGUGAUGAAUGGUGAAACGCCAUCGACAAGCACGGGCCGACCGAUGCGACAAAUUCGAGUACGCCAAACAAAUCGAACGGCCAAUGGUGUUUCAUCGUCGAACAAUGAAGCCGGCCCAAGUGGUUUUCGUAACAAACGAACGCGUCAACUGCAAAGCGACAAUGGAAUGAGCGAACAGAGCAGUGAAUCUAGUGAGAGUGAAUCGAGUAACGAAUCGGAGAAUUACGAUCCAAACGAACCAAAGAGCAGCCGAAAAACAAAAACAGCGAAAAAGAAAGAGCAACGCACGAAUGGCACGAAUUCAUCGAAACGACCACGUCGUCUCGUUCUGCACGAAUCGUCCGAUGACGAACAGGUCGAUGAAGAGCCACCAACGGUGCCGGUGAGCAGUCAAAAUGGUAAACGUGCAAGAGGUCGACCGCGAAAAAAUCAAAUUAGUGACGAUGAAAGUGAAGGCGACGGAAAUGAGUCAGAGGCGGAGGAACAAUCAGACGAUCAGAGCGAAGAACAAAGUGAAGAAGAAGCGGCGGAACAAGAUAGUUAUCGACCAAAACGAAUGGCAGCACAACAAUCACUCGUUCGAUCGACGCGACGAAGUAGCCGACGAAAUCAAUCUGACGACUCUGACACACCACUGCGGCCACGGCGAAAUACAUCGAAACGAGUGCAAGAGGACGAUAGCUAUGAUGAAUCCGAAAUUACCACAUCAUCAAAUCGUCGCACGGUGACAAACCCACAGGAGCAACGCACUCGGACACGUCGUCAAAUGAACACGUCGCCCGAUCAUGAGGAAUCUAUCCAUGAAGAAUCAGUGAGACCGACUCGAUCCACGCGACACACACUGAAUUCCAUCCGAAAUAAUGGAACGAUCGCACAGGAUUCGGAAGAAGACAGCGAUGACGAAGUGCUUAGUCAUAUUGCUAGACAAAAUCGACCGAAGCGAAGUCCGCGCGGCCAAUCAGCUCCUUCAAUGCCAACAUCAACCGAAUUUGUUGACACUUCGUCGCCGAUUCAUCUGAAUGGCACCCCCCUACCUCGUACUCGGGAAAUGAUUCGACGCAAACAAUCGGCCAUUUCGACAAGUAGCACAUCAGCUGUGGUGUCGGCGUCGAGCCCAACCGGUUAUCAUAGUGUAACACGCUCUAUGACAACUACAGAAACGACAUCACAGAUUGAAAUACGAAGAAAUCAGGUACAAGAAGAUCACAACUAUGGCGAACCAGGCCCAUCUACCCUACGCUAUUCACGGCGGACACAAUUGUCACGACUUCAACGCAGCACCGAAGAGCUUGAUAAAUCCGUUGCAAGCAACGCCGAUUGUCCAGUCGAUCCACUUCGAAUACCUGAAAGCAUAUCCGGCCGCUUGCGAAAUCGAACACCGCGAAGUAAUGCACAUGUUGACAAUGAAAAUGACAGUGAUCCAGACGAUGACAAGCCGCUGCAUUUAAUGGUCACCGAAUCACCAACACGUGGCAGAUCGAGCCGACAUCCAACGCGAUAUUCCGAUGAACACGUUAGCCAGUCACCGGCUGGAUCAUCAAGUGUGCCCACCUCAUCGACGCGUAGCGGCCGAACGCAAAAACGGCCAUACUACAACGAAGAAUCGGACGAAGAAGAGAGUCAUCGAUCGAAACGGCAAACUACUCAAGGCCGCACCACAUGGAACAGUUCAGGCAGUGGCAAUCCAACUACACGCCGGGAAGUGAAUAAGGGCCAGUAUUUUGAAGGCGACUCGUCGAACAGUGAUUUCGAUGAAAAUGACGAUGAGGAAGAAGCGGAAGAGCAAAUCAGUAUCAGUAGUCGUGGUCGAGUGCGAAAAAUAUCGUCAAAGGUGCGUGGAUACUUCCGCGAAUAAGUUUUUGCUAGCACUAACACAAAACACACGCAUGAAAAACAAAAUGUUUCAAGCAAUUCUGAAGAUGCAUACGAAUUUUUUUCUGACUCGAUAGUUUGUAAAACGUACGGCGUUACAUAAGUGAAUGUUUUGUUCUUGUCAAUAUUGUACAACAGCAUAAAAUCGUAUUUUUUUCACACAAAAAACCGACAAAGCGAUGUGUACCUCAACAUGAAUAACAUAUGCAAAAAACAUAAAAACUGCCUUUGGUUUCAUAGCACAUAGAAACGUUUCUUUCGCAUCAAUCAAACACUUCUUCCUUCCACCACUAUCGGUUCAUUGCUAAUGGGUGCAGCGAAAUAAUGUAGUAGAAUUGGGCGCGGCGUUUUUUUAAUUAACACAUAAUCCAGAUAAUAAUUUCUAUUUAAUUAGCUAAUUUGAAGUAAUUUUUAGUUAAUUUUUGUUCCUUUGCAUUUAUUCUUAUGAUUUUCUUUCUAUUUUUUUCCCUCUUUUUUUUUUCUCUCUACAAACCAUUUAGAUGAAAAAGAUUCGUUAGAGUCAACACCUUCAAUCGAUGUAAAAUUCUACUUACACAACAAUGAUUUCUAUCCAAACAAACGAAAAACGAUUGCGAUUUUCCCUUGUCUUCUUACUUCCAAUUAUUUGUGAACUUUUUCAUUGGUACAACUUUCGUUAAAAUAAUUAUAGUUUUUUUUUCCCUUUAUUUCCUUCGAUGAGCUACAAAUAUAUUCUCGUAGUCUAUGAAAUAAUCUCAUUUAUUCGAAAAUUAGAAGUCUGACUAAUUAUUUAGUUAUUAGUUUAUAUAAACCAUGUUCUUGUACAUCAGAAACAAAAGCACACGCGUGCUAAAUAAAGAAAAAAUAAAUACGAAACACAUCAACAAAAUGAACAAAUCCAAUGUGAAAUUAAAAGUCUUUAUUUGAAGGGAUUUCAAACGAAGAAGAAGCGACAAAAAUGCAUUAUUGACUAUAUGCGAAACAAAUCACUGAAACUAAAUAAAAAAUCCAUUACGAAUUUCAUUGAGUUAAUCAAAUUAUUAUUAUUAUCAUUCUAAUUAUUGCAAGUGAAUCCCAUGCAAACAUGUUGUAUUUGUAAAGUUUGAAACGAAUAAUAUAAAUAAAGAAAAAAAUGUUAUAGUGCAUAAGUAAAUACGCCGAAUUCAAGUAAUUCAAUAAAUUAUUAGAAAAAUACAUUUUUGACAGAAA